UGUGUUAAAAUCUGUGUGGAAUGAAGAUGUGCCCAACCGAGAAUAAUAUCGUACAACCUUUGCCCACCAAGCAUUAAUAAGAUGCUGGAAAAUAUCAUCUUAUUAGAGACUAGAAGAGAAAGUGCCUCGUAUAGUAAAUAACGGGUCGAUAUGAAUAUGUCUGUCUCUGAUUUAUCAGUCGGAUGUCGUUUUGCAGAUUAUUUUGCUAUAUGUGGGCUAGAUUUUGAUUCUGGCUUAGAACCUGACAGGCUUUGUGGCGACAACUUGCAUGUAUCUCCUUUGGACCGCUCGUAUAAGGGGAAAAUAUUAGCUCACUACCCUGACAAUGUUCAAAGUAAUCCAUUUGAUGAACAUGCUGUUUGUAUGCUCUGCCUGCCUGCUGGUCUGCAGUUCAGGACACAGAAACAUUCACUAGAGGCAAAGUUCCAUAGUUUUGUUGUGACCAGAGAGAAUGCUUCCCGCUACUAUGGCUUUAGUCUUAUCUUCUAUGAGGAGGUUAGGAACAGAAAUAUCUGCAGUGCCAUGUGUACUUUACAGGCAAUGUAUAUCACCGAGUUAUCUAGUGGACAGACCCCACCCGGUCACAGAAAAAACACUGGAAAAGAGAGCUCUCGGUCCUUGCCCAGGUCCUUCAAGCUGGCUCCACACUCGGGCGCUGCACUCACCUAUUACGACGUAACCAAAGAUAAACUUUAUGUAGCCAAAAGUAUAGCUCUAAUAUGCCAAUAUCCAUACGUGAGGGUAGCGCAGUUGUUUUUAGAGAAUUUAUAUAGAUCACUGCCUAGACAGCCCGGACCGGGCCUCAGUCCGGAGUCGUAUGUGUACAACCUUCUGUAUGAAGUGCCAGUGCCCUCGCCCGGACAGGCCCUGCGCCUGUAUCUGCCACCGGCGGAACCACACUUAGAUCCAGUGCCUGUUGUGAUACAAAUGCCAAAUGUACCCGAGGAGCUGCCGUUGCUCGACUACCCGCUGCGCGUGAUGUUCUCCACGUUGGGAGUCGAAUGUGUGGUCCAGCUGUUUACAUGCGUGCUGUUAGAGCACCAGGUGCUCAUUAGAUCCAGCGAUUACAGUAAGCUGAUGCUGGUGGCGGAGUGCAUGGUGUCGCUGUUGCUGCCGUUUGCGUGGGCGCACGUGUAUGUGCCGAUCCUGCCCGCGCCGCUAUACCACUUCCUCGACGCGCCUGUGCCAUUCGUCAUGGGUCUUCACGCGGAUAGUGCGGCGGCGGGCGGCGCGCGGAACAUCGCGCUCGGCUCCGAGGCGGCGCUGUGUCUGGUCGACGUCGACAAACCGCACAUCCAGCUGCCCGAGGAGCUGCCCGUGUUCCCGCACCGGACCGCCUUCGUACAGGAGCUCAACCACAUCCUGGACAAACAUCAGAUUCAAAGACCUGAAACGGAGCCUACAAAACUCGGCGUGCCAAUAAACGGGACUUCGUACAGACACGCGAGUGACAUGAGCACCAGUUGCACUUUACCAUCGGGCGGUCUUCGUCGCAAGCAUUCAUUGAACGACGUGCUAGAGUGGGACGAGAGUAGGCCGCUGAACGCGUCCCCGCCCGGCUCGCCGACGCGCCGCGCGCCGCGCCGCCUCGACGCGCUGCAGCGCAUCGUCGACAUCGUGAAGCGGACGGGCGUAAACAUAGAGCAAGUGGACUUGGACAGCGUGAUGCCGGCGCCGCAGCGGGGGCCGCUCAGCGACGAGGAGCAGUACCAGGAGGACUCGCGCACCAACGGCGCCGUGCGCGAGUGCUUCCUCAACAGAUUCGUGAACAUGUUCCUCGCGUACGACAACUUCAUCAUCCAGCCCGACCAGGAUCGCGACGCGUGGCUGUCGACUAGAGAGUCCAUGGUGAGCUUCGACAAGGCGUCGUUCCUGUCCGAGCAGCCGCAGCGGCACCGGCCCUUCCUGUCGCGCUUCCUCGACACGCAGAUGUUUGCCACCUUCAUCGACAACAAGAUCAUGGCCGGCUGGGGCGAGUGCGACGCCAAUCUGCGGGCGUUCGACCAUCGCGUCGCCAUUACCAGAACGAAUAGUUUGAAACGCAUAAAGAAUGCAAAGUGGCAAGUGAAGGAUUGCGAGCCAGAACUGUUGCUCGGGGACAUCGGUAGGAAGCUAUCCACCGAGGUCACGAGCGCCGCUAUAUCUCAAAACCACAAAGCUUUCGUCGACAAACUUUUAAAGGAAUGCAAAAGCAAGACAAAGCGUAUGUUAGUAGAGAAAAUGGGCACGGAAGAGACCGACCUCGGUCUCGGCAGCGAAGUGUCCGUCACGGGCGUGGAAGAAAGCACGAUGAUAUCGUCGCUCUGCGACCUGCUGGAGCGGCUGUGGUCGCACGGCGUACAGCACAAGAUGGGCAAGUCUGCGCUCUGGACGCACCUCACCAACUAUCAGGAGUUGGAGCAGUGCAGUACCUCUACGAAGCCUAUAGACCCUAACUGUCUUACGCCUGCUUUGGCGUGGUGUGUGUUACGGAAGCGCCUAGACUAUCUAUCGUCAGUGGGGGCCGAGGUGGAGGCGCAGCAGCAGCAGCAGCCGGGCUCGCCAGGCGGGCGCUCCCGGGACAGCUCGCGCGGCGGGUCGCGGGACUCGUCGCGGGACCGGGACCGCGGGUCGCUCGAGCGCGGCCGCGCCCCGCCGCCCGGCCCGCUGCGCCCGCUGCCCGAGACGCUCACCUUCGAUAUGAGGAAUAUCCAAGCUAUGACCGACAUAAAAACGGAGAUAGGUUACGCCCGCGCUUGGGUCCGGCUCUCGCUGGAGAAGAAACUGCUCUCAAAGCACCUGCGCGAACUAAUCGCCGACACCACACUGCUGCGAUCCCAGUACAAGAAAACCGCCUUCCUGAGGUGCGAGGACGAGCGGGAGCAGUUCCUCUACCAUCUGUUGACCUUGAACGCUGUUGAUUACUACUGUUUCACCAAUACAUAUCCCACCACUAAGCUGCCAUACCGGGUGCUGAUCGCGCCGUCCCGCAAGGCCAGCCAGACCACGGCCAACUGCUGGCUCGCGAUAUCGGGCGUCCUAGGAGACUCCACCCCCAAGAUACCGAUACCACGGAACACCAACGAAUUCGUCUUUCAUCAUAAAAACUUGGGCGUGUUAUCGACGCUCCGCAUCGGGCACGACAACUCCGGUCUGUCGCCGCGGUGGCUUCUAGACCAAGUGUACGUGAGGAACGAAGUCACGGGACACACCUACACGUUCCCGUGCCACCGCUGGCUGGGCUCGGGCGUGGACGACGGCUCCACGGAGCGCCUGCUGGUGGCGGCGCGCCUGCGCGGCGGCCGCACCCCCCGCACACCCGCCGCCGUCGCCACCCACCUCUCCACCGCCACCAUCCAGCACAUGAUCGGUGACUGCGUGAACGCGAUAGUGAAAUGGCACUAUCAGUCGAAAAGAGACAAGGACGCGAACUCGCUGAGUGUUCUGCUGUGCGGGGAGAAUGGGCUCGUCAAGUGCUUGGAGCAAGCCUUCCUCUGCGGGUUCAAGUCCAGCCGCCUCUUCGGCAAGAACUUGUUCAUUUGGGAUUAUUUUGCGAAAGUGAAGGACGAGUUCAAGAUGAGCCUCUGCGACGAGCCGAGCCCACAGGCGCAGGCGAGCGCGUGCGGCGUCGCGUACAACUGUCGCCAGGACCAGGAGCACCGCGCCAUCUGGCGCUGCUACUGCCACCUCAUGCACGAGAUCAGCUCCGUCGGCCGCACGCUGGGCAAGGACGGCAAGUUCCAGCUCUUCAUCUGUCUGAGCCUGAGGGAGCACUGGCUGCACAGGAUGCUGGUGCCCAUGUCGCUGACGCGCGCGACCGGCGACAUGUACGAGGAGCAGAGCUUCCUGCGCAGGCGCGGCCUGCUCACCUUCCUGCGCCAGAUACUAGAGCCGCUCGACGAGUUCCACAUCGUGCUCGAGAACUCUCUCACGCAAGGUAUUUAA